AUGUCUUCCUUCGACGUGCCCCUGAACAAGCGGAUUUUGCACCGAGGCCCUGAGUACCUGCGCCGGCACCUGGGCGCGGCGCAACCGGCGCGCAGGAGCGCGGUGGAGAGGCUGGCGGCCGACCGCGCCAAGUAUGUGAAGAGCCAGCCAGUAGCCGGCUCUGCCCCUAGCCCUAGCUCCACAUACGAGAGCAGCAGCGAGAGCUCCGCCGGGGACAACCGGAGAAGAGCCCGCGACACUGGCGGCCAGGAGAAGGGGGCGGGCGCCUCCGACUCCCAGGCCCGAGCCCAGUGUCCCGUGGCUCGCAGGACCAUUGCCCGGAAGCCCUUGAGGCCCGACUCGCUGGUCAUCUACCGGCAGAGAUGCGAAUUUGUCAAAGGGUCGGGAGCUGACAGCUCCAGGGGGAGCUUAGUGAAGAAGCUCUUCCAAGGUUCAGGCAAGGACAAGGCGCUGGUGCCCUUGGAGAUGCCUAAAGUAAGAGAAGAGGUCAAAACCGAGGGUGAAGAGGCCAGAGGCCGGACCGACGCUGCCACCGCUACCAAGGCCGCAGUGAGGAGCCUUGGUUCUGGCCCGAUUGGUGGUUCAGUGCUCCCCACGUCACCUGCCCCCUCCUUACCUGAUGGGACACUCAGCAGGUGCCAAGCUGUGGCCCCUGGUCCUGAGCUCCGGGAGGUGAGGCGCAGGGGCCUGCACCGCUCUCAGUCAGACAUCAGCUCCCGGUACUCUAAGUCCUUUGCUGAGUUUGACACAUUUUUCCAGUACUGCGGCCUGGACCCUGAGGUGGUGGAGGACCUCGGUAGGGAGAACUUCUCUGCAGGAUCAGACCACGUCGCCUUCAAAAUCCGCAGCGUGAGCAUGGCCACAUCCGACAGCGGCUUUUCCCGGCACAGUGGCGAGGAUGAAGGACUGCAGGAAGAGGAGCUGGUGGAACAAGUCCCCACCAAGACCUCAGUCAUCGAAAAGAAUGCUCGUAUCAUCAAAUGGUUGUACACGUGUAAGAACGCCAAGGAGGCCCCCAGCAAGGGACAAUAG